AUGGCUGGCGGGGAAGGAACGGGCUCCGGCGUGCCGGAGUGCCGGGAGCACCUCUUCAAGGUGCUGGUGAUCGGGGAGCUGGGCGUGGGUAAGACCAGCAUUAUCAAGCGCUACGUGCACCAGCUCUUCUCCCAGCACUACCGGGCCACCAUCGGGGUGGAUUUCGCCCUCAAAGUCAUCAACUGGGACAGCAAGACCCUGGUGCGGCUGCAGCUCUGGGAUAUAGCAGGCCAGGAGCGCUUUGGAAAUAUGACCAGAGUAUACUACAAAGAGGCAGUUGGCGCUUUUGUGGUCUUUGAUGUCACAAGAGGUUCCACUUUCGAGGCUGUUUCAAAAUGGAAGCAUGAUUUGGACAGUAAAGUACUACUUCCUAAUGGCAGCCCAAUCCCUGCUGUUCUUCUUGCAAACAAAUGUGACCAGAAGAAAGAUGGCAGCCAGAAUCCCUCUCAAAUGGACCAGUUCUGCAGAGAAGGUGGCUUUGCUGGAUGGUUUGAAACCUCUGCCAAGGACAACAUCAACAUAGAUGAAGCUGCUCGAUUCUUGGUGGAAAACAUCCUUGCCAACUACAAAACCUUCCCUAAUGAAGAGAAUGAUGUGGGGAAACCAAAACUGGACCUAGACCCAUUGAAAGCAGAGAGUAAAUCACAGUGCUGCUAAUGCUACCACUGUUCAGUAAAUGUGAUGGGAUGAGCAGCAAGACUGUUCCUUAACUCAAACCGCUGCUAUGGUGCUGCGUUGUGACAAUCCAUAUGGGGUGUCUGGUAUUAUCUGAAUAGGUGAUUCUUGUGGGUGUUUACAUAUUCUUGUUUAGCAUGAAACUGAGUAUCUUGUGAGUUAUCAUUCCACUUGCUUGAGUGGCUGCAUCUAUGAUUAGUGUCGUCUUGAGAACAUAAGGUAGUGUUUACACUCCUAAAAAGGAACAAAGACAACAUUCAGGCUCCAGUUUGCUUCUAGGACAUAUGCUACAUUCCAAAUAGGACUUGCUUACCAUGGUUUUAGCUGAAUGGACACUUGCACCUUUACUG